AUGACGAAACUUUUUACUUGCAUUCUAACUGUUGCGCUAUUGGCUUUGGCAUCCCCUCUUGCCUCUGCUCAUGACCCUAGUCCAUUGCAAGACUUUUGUGUUGCAGUUGACAAUCCCAACUCUGCUGUAUUUGUGAAUGGAAAGUUUUGCAAGGACCCAAAGCUUACUACAGUUGAUGACUUUAUCUUCAUGGGGCUUGAUGUUCCUAGAAACACCCUUAAUCAACUUGGGUCAAAUGUCACUCUAGUAAACGUGGACAUGUUUCCUGGCCUCAACACUCUAGGGAUAGCUUUGGCUCGUGUUGACUACGCACCGUAUGGCCUAAAUCCUCCCCACAUUCACCCUCGUGCCACCGAGCUUUUGACAGUCAUAGAGGGUACACUUUUAGUUGGCUUUGUCACAUCCAACCCUGAUAAUCAGCUCUUCACCAAAGUUUUGAACAAGGGAGACAUCUUUGUAUUUCCAAUGGGUCUCAUCCACUUUCAGUUCAAUAUAGGAGAGACCAAUGCCGUUGCAUUUUCUAGUCUUGAUAGCCAAAAUCCUGGGCUUAUCACAAUAGCAAAUGCAACUUUUGGAUCUAAUCCUCCUAUCAAUCCUUAUGUUCUCGCCAAGGCAUUCCAACUCGACAAAAGUGUGAUUAAUUAUCUUCAACAAAAAUUCUAG